GUAAGCCAAUGUUUUGGAGCAUUGAAUUGAAUAGCCGCCAUUAUUGUCUUUAGUGCGAUGUUGUUAAACAAUUGCAGGUUAAAAUUUAUAAACAGAGCGUUUUAACUUUAUAUGAUGCAGUUGAAAAUAGCAUUAUCAGCACCUGUUAUUAAAUUAAUUGAUUUGAGUUAUUUUGUCGUUGUUAUCAAUUGUAUAUGGUGGUGUUUACAUUGAUGUGUGAAGUUUUCAUAUAUUGGAGUGUCAUUUUAAGGUGAUAGGAGCUUCUUUAGUCAUUGCAAAAACAAUGUUGAAACAAAUUUUGGAGAGAAAAAGAAUAUGAUGCACAACAAACAUCUAUACUCAAGAACUGCCCACAAAUAAAAGCAGUUGCCAGUUGAUACACAACAUGAGUGAACCCAGAAAUAACAUUGGACAUGGUGUUGAAUUGGGGAAGAGCGGCCUUGCGGUGUAGGCCCUCUUUCUGUAGGUGUUCGCGCUAGUGGCCAAGACGUCGGUCCCAUCAGUUAUCAAGUUAGGAGGCGCAGGCGGCACUGGAUCGGGCCCCACCCGCGCUCCAGGACAGCCACAGCGCCAUCAUGUGCUGGGCCCGCGAGCGACGGCUCGACUCGUGCGUGGCACAUUCUCCAAUAGCUUUGUUGUUGGCCAGGCGACAUCGGCCACGAUUGUGCCGUCAACUGCAUGUGGUCGUCGCAAUGGCACUGCGCCGGUGGGGACAUUCAUCCCUCUUCAUUCCCAGGGUAGCGAUGAAUCCAUGAAUGUCAUCGUGCAGUUGGGCACAACUGUGGUGGCCUCUGCUGCCUCUCCUAGCCCAUCGGUGGCAUUUGCUCGAAUGCAGCAGCCGCAUGCGAUGCAGAAGGUUGCCGUGGUGACAGUGCCCAAGCCGUGCACUGUCGUGGAGCCAUUGGUGCAGUCCAUGAAGACUGAAGUGGCUCAGGCAGAAGAGAAGGUGGACGUGAAGGUGAAAGUUGAGGAACUGCAGCAGCCGGAAGACUUGAAACCAACAACAUAUCAUCACAGUCCGUUGGACCAUGCCACCACUAAAGAGCAGAGGCUAGAAAUUUUGAAGCUGGUUCUUCAGGAUCACAAUUAUGUUGCGCCACCGGUGGAUGAGCCCCCUAAGUCUGCUCAUGGGCCUCCCAUCACGGCAAGCAGUUAUGUGUCGAGCAGCAUGUAUCCAUAUGGUGGGAAUGUGGAAGACGACGACGCGAACAGUGUAAUCAGCAGCGGCACGGGCAGGGAGGUGGAGCCGGAAGGGGAGGAAACAGAGACGGCCCCAGAAGGUGAAGGUGAUGACGACGACAGUGUCACUCGUUGUAUCUGUGAUUUUCAACACGAUGACGGCUACAUGAUUUGCUGCGAUAAGUGUUUCGUGUGGCAGCAUGUCGACUGCAUGCAGAUAGACCGCGCCAACAUUCCGGAGCUGUAUUCGUGUGAGCGGUGCCAGCCCAGGAAGGUGGACAAACAGAGGGCUCGUACGUUGCAGAUGCGUAAGAGAGAGGAGUUGUUUCACGUUGACAGCUCCACGGACAGCAGUAGUUCUUCGUCGCCUGACUGUGCCACAUUGCGCUCCAGCACCAGUACUGCCACGAAAAAGAGAGGGCCGGUGGUGCCUCCAUCUACUGCGACAACAUCCCGCCGCAAGAGUGAGCCUGGCCCGAGUGGCGGGCAGGCAAAGUCUAGUGGCAAGAAGUCGGCGGGCAGCAAACAGCCUGCUGCUCCCCUGCCGCCCCCACCCCCGCUCAGGCAGAGGCGGGAGUCGACCACCAAGGAACAGAGGAAGGCUCCGGCCCCGGUGAUCCGCAGAAAAGAGAGCAAGAGAAUGCCAGUCAGGAGAAAGAGCAAGAGUCGCACAAUGGUUAGCGACUCUGACGAUGACAGCGAUAUGGAGAAGCCCAGCUCGGUGCAGGAGUUGCGGCAGUGGAUCGAGCACUACGAAGAAGCUGUAACGAACCACUAUUCCCCGGAACUGCGAGCUCGCAUUUCCAGCAUUAAAGUCAAUGGCAUUCAUUCAGACCUUAGGGUUGGCAGCCUUCCUGUAACACCUAAGUGUCGCACUACUAUUCUUGGAUCAGGACUUCGUAUCCUCUACGCAGCUGCCAAUCUCCCGUCGAACCAGCCAGUCAUAGAACUUCGGGGGAAGUACAUGCUCUCUAUUCAGCACCAUGCAUCUGUGUCCAUGCAGAACAGUCGGAGGGUUCGGUUACCCCCUGGACCGUAUAUAUUUUUUUAUCGGUUGCCAAAAGAUGGCACUGAGGUGUGUGUGGACACGAGCACGUAUGGGAAUGAUGCUAGGUUCGUCCGGCGGUCCUGCAGGCCUAAUGCUGAGAUGAGACACUGCAUAGAGAAGGGAACCCUACACUUGUACCUUGUCACGCUAAGCAAGGUGGAUAGAGGUGCAGAAAUAACGAUUGCCCACGAUAGUUCACAAGAGAAUCUCACUCCAAUAUCUUGCGCCUGCGGUAACCCCAGUGAGUGCUUAGCAUUCUCUCGCAAAAAUGGUCUCCACGAACAAAUUUCAGAUCGGGAAAAGCGAAGAAGAGUUCGGAGAUCGUCAACAAAUGACGGUGACGGACAGGCAAGUCAGUCACCUGCUCCGGCCCCGGUGUCACCCAGCAAGCCUUCUGCUCCCGUAACGAGGAGAAGCUCUGCAGUGCGGAGUCCAGUGAAGCAGGCCCCGCCCCCUAGACCGGCCACGCCUCCUGCGGAAGAGUCUAGUAGCGCCACGUCUGGCAGUAGUUGCUCUCCCAAGGCGAGGACAGACACUGCUGCAGCCCCGCCGACGGUGGCCACCACGACCGUCGCUACAGUCGCUGCCACGACCACCGUGGUCGCUGCAGCCACCACCACUACCACCACCACAACCACAACCUCCACUGCCGCCGUGGUGGCGGUGUCCCCGUCAGAGAGGAAGGCUGCUGCUUCGAGCUCAGUGGCCACUGCCGGUGGUGGUUCUUCUCCUGCAACUUCAGUGACAACGGCAGCGACAACUGCAGUUACCACCACGACCACCACAGCUGGUGUGAACACUGCUGCCACAACCUCAGCUGCCACGAGUACCACUGUGACCGCUUCCACGUCAACUGCAUCCACACCUUCAGAGGAGUCCAAUAAGAAGUUGAGUCGUGAAGAUCGGAAAAUGGCAGCUAUACUUAAAGCUAUUGAGAGAAUGGAACAGCAGUCACAGAAAAAGGAAGGCGGUCAGACUAAGCAGGCUCACCGUAGGGAAUCAGAACCUGUUAAGAAACCAGAACCAAAGCCAGAAGUGAAACCAGACCCACCAAAGAAAGAACCUAAGAAGGCUUUUGUUGAAAGGCCAAGAAGGAAAAGGAGGCGAGGGCGAACUCGAACAAACAGCACCUCGACUCGCAGAAGUCGCCGUGACUCGGUAGACUCUGAAGGAAGCUCUGGCGAAGAAGGUGCACAGGGGCCAGUGCAGUCGUCCCCUGGAGACUCUCAGGAGCCAACAGAGUCUCCAGGCCAGGGUUUGUCGACGGCUGCCGGGCUGCUGUUGGCUCUCGCCAACGCUACCACUCCACAGCAGAACCCACCUUCUUCAUACCGUCCUCACACACCACCAUCUUUGGACAAGUUGAACUCUGAAACCCUGGGUGGCGUGAACCCAACACUAUUUAGUUCAGUGUGUGACAGUGGAGGAGGAAGUAGCUCACAAGGUUCAACGCCACCCACCCCUUUGUCUUCUGCAUGCUUAUUGGUAGCUGCUGCAGUGGAUAACCUUGCUCCUGGCUUCAAGUUCCCCAAGACAAAGAAGGCGUUGAUGAAUGAGUGGUUGAAUCAGCCCCCCACCCCUCCUGAGGUAAUGGUAGACAGUGCUCUAGCAUUAUCGCAUAACAAAUGUUUGGUGCAGGGGCAAGGUGUUACCCAUGCUAAGGCUGGGUCCGGUUCAGCAAAGAAGCGAUGGUUGCGUCAGGCCAUUAGCGAAGAAGGGGAAGUUGGAGGAAGUCCUAACAGCCGUGCAGAGUCUCCCCCAGGCUCGGACUGUGUCCCACCCCUGAAGAAACGCAGGUUUGCUAGAGAGUCGAUGUCUUCAGAACAGUCCGUCACGCCUCCACUUACCCCUACACAGACAGUUGACAGCUUCUUGCUGAAGGAAGGUGGAACUGCCAGAACCACCACUGUCCCUUUAUCUUCCAUGUGUGAAGAUGAUGAUGAUGAGGAAGAGGCAGAAGAAAGCACUGAUGCCGUAGAUGAGGUGGAGGUAUUGGAGGAGAUACCUCGUGUCGGUCACCAUGUAGAGGAGGAUAAUAGCAAUGGCACAGAGGAGGAUGUGUGCAGAGGGUUCGAGCAGACAGAGAGCAUACUGCCCCGACCCGAGCUUGCACCCUUGUCGCAGCCUGCUCUGCCGAGUCUUGCCCCAAAUCCACAAGAUGAAGAAGAGGAUGAUGAAUCGGAAUCAGAGUCUGCGCUAUCAGGAUCGAAAAAACCUGCAAAGCGCAAGGUUAGAACGUUGUCAAUAUCAGAAUAUUGGCAACGCAAGCAGAGAGGCAGCUGCUCAGAGCCAAUGAAAGCUGACGAUGAUGCUCCAAUGCCUGCCGCUGACGGGAAGCAAAUCCAUCGUUCUUCAAGUUCUUCAUCUCUUUCGUCAGAUGAUGAACCUGAGCACUCUUCGCCUGCUCUUACAAAUCUUCCUGUAUUCAGUGCAUUGGAUUCUGCUGAAGAAAAGAAAGGUGGAGAGGAUCUGAACUACAUGAAGUGGAACUCUGCUCCGACUAUGGUGGAACAGCAGCGGGAGAACCUGACUGAGAGACUGCGCAGAGAGUUUGGUUUGUUCUUGAGUGAUGACGAAGAACAAGAACGUGUUCGCAAGCAGCAAAGUCAAAACACAGAAGUGGCUGUGAAAGAGAGCAAGAAGAGAGCCCCGCCGCCCCCGCCCCCGCCCCACCCGCCGCCUCCGGACUCCGUGCAGCCUCAGUUGUGUCACGGCUACGCCUCGCCGCAUGUCGGGUACAGCUACCCCGCCUACGCCAUGAUGGCGGGCCACCAGCCUCCCCCUCCUCCCCCGCCGCCGCCACCACCAGGCAGGUUCUCGGCGAGCAAGAAGCCGUACUUGUUGCCCACGCCCCCGGGCAACCCCGUCUACAACUCACACACUGUGUACGCGUCUGGAUCUAACGGAUCCGGCAGGCCGGGGGCAGCGAACUCCUCCGCGUUCCUCACGGCGGCGGCUGCCAAGGCUUACUUUCCCGCCAAUCACCCGUGAAAGAUUGGUCCGUGGUAUUACCUUCGCGAUGAGUUUCCAGUUAGAUUGGUUGUGUGGUGUGAGGAAAGGACUUCGACGGGAAGCCUGGCCAAGUACAAAAAACCGUAGACUUUUAUAUAUGCGGUGAUACGUAGCUAUAUUUUCACCGGCCAACGUGUCCUAAUCCGAACACUGAUGCAGGUGAACUUGACUAAAUUGCAGUAGGUGUACAAAUAUUUUCCUUGCCUGUUUCUGUUUUACAUAUAGUGUAACUUUUCACAUAUUCGUCUUUUCUUCUACUAACGAAAUAAUAUUUAAGAUCUGUACAGUGUUUUCUCGCAAAAAUUACAUGUAGUUUCUGUAGAUUGAGAUAGAUAAUUAAUUGUAAAUAAAAACUAUUUUACUGAAAAAAAAUGUGCGUGGAUUUUGUAUAGUGUGUGUUUCGCUUGUUGCUUUGUAUAACUACAUUUUCAGUAGGAAACAUGUUAUCUGUAUUUGAUAAGUGAGGAUAGAACAGAAACUGUUUUAUUUUGAUAAUACUGCUGUGGACUCGUGAAUUAAAGUAAAACCGUUUGCAUUGUCUGUUCAGUAAACUUUAGAUGUCAUGCGUCAAGGUGUACAUCAUUGUUGGAUUUUAUUUUUGAUGCCUCUUUGUAACAGAAGAGUUACUUGAUAGCAAUGUAUUAUAAAUAAGAGUUGAGGACCGUCCUUUUAGGCAAUCUCAGCAAGAUGCCGAGUUGGUCUCUGAUUUAUUCAUUGCUGUCCAAAGAAUAAGUAAAAUAUGAAGGAAAGUGCUUUUAGUAGUAUGUUAAGGAUUUCUUUUUGCAAACUGUUUGGUGCAAGCAUUUUUUGCUUUGUGGUAAGUUUAUUUGUGUAACAUAUUUAUUAAAUUUGACCAAAAUAUUUCGGUAUGGAGUGUCAGAAGGCUGCAUAACUUGCUUGGAAAACUGCCAUUUGUAAUUUUUAAAUAAUAUUAAAUUAUUGUAAUUAUUACUAUCACUCAGUCCAAACAUUAGGUUGCAUAAUUUGUAGGUAACAACAGUUUGGGAUAAAACAAAAGUUUGUGAAAUUUAAGAAAGUAAAAUAUCAGGAGUUUUUAUGUAUUUUUCAUAUUUCCAUGUUCUCCUCUAUUUUUAUGCUUUGAUAAAUACUGUAUAAAGGGUGAUAAACUGUCAGCAGCAAUAAUUUGCAUGUCUUGUUUCAACUCAAGGUACCAUUAUUGUGCAUAUACUGAUGAUAAUUUUGAACAGGAGGUGAAAUUAUGCCUUUGCAUUUUGCCAGUACAGCACUAACAUAAUUGCAUGUAAAAAUUGCAUUUGUCAUGUGGUACAAGACUUAUUUUUUCCAUGUGUACUUAUGGGCUGCUCGUCAUUCUUCAUUGUAGUAAAUGAGGAAUAAAACACAAUAUAUUCCUUGAAAAGGAUUUGGUGAUCCUUUGAAUGGUUUGGUUGUUAGCACUACAGUGACUGUAUGGUGUAACUGGCUCAGAACAAGUAAUCAAUAUGGGAAAAACCUUAUUGUCUGUAAAUUAAACUUAGUACAUGUUUAACUUCCCCGCCAGGUUAUUGAGAUUAGGAACAGCAACUGAGAAAGAAAAGCAUGAUAACCAACACCAGGAUGCAGUAUUUCCUUUCACAGUUUCCAAAGUGGUAUUUUUUUUUAUUUAUGGCAUCUGUUUAUAGAGUGGUGAUUACUCCCCAUGGUGAUUCACAAGUUGCAGUUGAGUAAUUGUAAUUUUUUUUUAGAGCUGUGUUGAAAGUAACAGUAAUUCAUUGCCCUUGUAGAUUUUCUGUAUCAGGGUGUCUACAGGUCAUGAAAAAAAUACUAACUUUUCUAAAAAGUGACGUAACAUUCAUUUUCAGAAGCUGUUUGCUAUUUUGUUUUUUAAUGCUUUACUUUAGUUUAAAGAUUCACAAUAAAUAUAAAAUAAGUGCAGUGCUGCCAGUGUAAUUAUUACUAAUUUAGAUAUUUGGUUACAGUAUAAUAGAGUGUUAUUUAUUUACUACGAAACACGGAAACCUAAUGUCAAAAAUAUCAUAAGUAUCUGUUUCUUACGAUAUGCACAUUGCACCAUAAUUUGGUGUUCUCUGCACUUAUGGCACCGUGGUUCCAGUGAUAGGCAUAUGUAAUGUUUUGACAACAGUGGAAGGCUUGCAAAGGUGACAACAGCUACCAAUUUAGCAAAAAAAAACUGUCGUUUUACCUUUUGCAUCGCUAUUAAAUGACGUUAAAUGUAAACAAGAAACGUGCUGGUAAUUUUUUUUUAUUAGACUUCAAAAGUUUGAUCAAAGGUUCAGUAAUAACUCCACAAUGGCAUGACUGUUCCGUUCCAUCUACAGUAUCUGAAAUAUAUGUGUGUGUGUGUAUUAUGACUGUCAAAACCGCUGAUGCAUCAAAACUACCGGAAAGUGUCACGUGUAUAUCAUGUGGUUGAAAUUGAGACUACAAAUGCUUAACUUUUAUUGUUGUUUCUUGUGGCGCAUAACAUUCCAUUGGCUGCUUCUGAUUGCGACAUCAUUCAUUGUUCUGAGAGCUAAAGUAAAUUUUGACAUUAUGUUUGCAGGAAAAAAGUAUAGACAUUCAAAAAUCAAAUGAAAAAUAAAAUUGCAUCAGUUUUUCCAAUUUUAUCUUUGAAGCAACUUAGUAUUGUGCUGUGAAAACAGUUUUACCCCUAGAGAUAUUGAGAAUCCAAACAUGCUAUGCUUGCAUUAUCAGGUGAUAAAAGAAGGUUAACAUGGUAAUUCUGAAGGAGAUCUUUUCUUCACUUCCCGACAUGUUUUAAUAACAUUCUCUAAAAGGAAAAUGUGAUAUUUCAAGUAGUUUACCUGUAAUUUAUCAUUAUUACAAAAUAAUUAUUUUAUACAGUUAAACUCGCUUAGGAAUUUCAUAAUACAUUUGCUUGCAUUUUAUGUUCACAAAAUUAUUCCCAUCAUUUCCAUACAUCCAUAUGUUAAUUCUUCCUAUUUAAAAUUCUUUCAAAUGUUCAAUAUUUGUUGGGAAAUAAAUGUGUUUAUCUUUAAAUUUUUAAACUAUAUUUAUUGUUAAUCUUUAAAAAUUUACAUUUUUCCAAACAAUAGCAAAGAAUGUGAUAUCAGCACAUGACCAUCAAAAUCUUUGUUGCAUGCUUUUGCAAGUAGUAUUUUUCAACAAAUUGUCUGCUUGCAUUUGUAUAGUAUAGACUUUGUGAGGCUGUUCCAUAUGUACACAGUUUCCCUCAUUGGAGUUAUACAUCUGAAGAAUACACAGCAAACCACCAGCCAUUCGUCACCAUGUUGGCAUCACUUUUUUUUUUGUAGGAAAAGGUAUACAUUGAUAACCCAUUAUUGUGUUCUCAGAUUUAGGUUUUCCGUAAUUAACAACAUUUUCUUCGGGUCCCAAUUACUUUUCAUAACUGUAAUGCAAUACUCUCCCUUGAAUCACAUAGCGGAAAUUACUUUCUUCCCGCUAUUCACAUCUUAAACACAACAUUUAAAACUUUUUUAUUUAUGUAAAACUUGUGUCAUUCGUUUUCAUACAUUACAGUUUCCCGUUAAAUAAUUGAAUGGUCCAGUCCUGCCAUUUUCUCCGUAAAGUAUGAUUUGCAUUAUCAUUUCCUCUGAAGUUUCCCAAAAACUUUGUUUACCAUAUAAAAUUAAGUUUUUAAUGUUGGAAUAUAUUAUUUCGUAGGAAAUACUGUUUAUUUAUUUAAUUAUUUGUUCAUCACCACUGUGUAGUACGUGUGUAAAUGUAAGCAGCUCUAAUUGGCAUCUUGUUAGUUGAGUUAAUGCCUGUAUAUUGUGUGAGUACGAAGUCAAAUAUUGAUAUUGAUAGCCUGCAAAUAAAGGUGUUUUGUUUUAACUUUAUUAGGUUUGUUAUCUUGUUAGGUGUGAUUUUAAGGAUAUCAAGCAUAAAUAUUUACUGUAGUGAAUAACAGUGCAUAAUGGCUUCUACAAGUAGUGGAGAACCCUGUAAAUGGGAGGCAUCAUUCAAAGAAAUACUGAAAAUAAUAUCUAAACUUAAUCCGAUUCCUUUGAUACCAAGGUUGACAAAGCCAGUAGGGUUGUUUUGUUGUGAUAAUUGUUUCAAUUUGUGCAUGCCAACUUAAUUUCAGUUUAAAUAAUUCAGUUUGCUUAUAUAAUUGUAUAGUUUUGUGGAAUAGCUAUGUAAAUUGAGUAAAAUUUGUGUUUAUGAAGCAACUGAUUUUGAACUAUUUCCUCUUCAAGAAAUUGUCCCUGUUAAUUAGUUUUUAGCAUCCAGGCCCUUUAAUAACAUCUGUACAGGGUUUUACUGUAUGUUGAACUUUUUCUGUGAGCUGUGAAAAUUGUCAGUUGGGUUAGGAUCCCUACAUUUAAAAUACUUUAAAAUCAUUUGGACGGUUGGUUAAGAAAUACCAAUUUAAAAAUGUAGCAAACUUAGCCAAGUAACGAUUCAUUCUAUUUUAUAGCAUUUUUAAUGUAGCAAAUUUAACCUAACCAUGUUCACACAAUUUCAAAUAGGCAUGGCUUUUUAAUGUAACUUAUCUUAAACAAUUUAUACAAUUUCACAGUAUUUAUGUAGCUAAACUACCAAAUUAUUAAAAUUUUAAAUUUCAUUAAGGCAAUCACACUGUCCUCUUUGAGAAUUAUUAUAAAUAUGAUGGAGAAGUGAAGAAAAUGGCAUUCUGAAAUUGUUAUUUAUUUAUUUUGAAGAAAGAUGUGUUCCUUCAGAAUUGAUGUACAAAUUUUGUAAAGUAAUUAAAUAUAAAUCUUGGACACUAGUGAAGUUUUUUUAAUAGGCUUAUUAAGUGGUGCUGUAUAGGAGUGAGUUUAAAUUAUUUUGUAGAGUAUAGUAUUUUAAAUAAAAUGUAUCAGGUUUCUUUUUACAAUCUUUUAUUGUAUGUAUUCAUAAAUGUGGUUACUGCUUGGUAGUUAAUAGCAAUAUCAUGGGGGAAUUAUUUCUAUAAAGGUUUUAGCUUUUUCAUAAAAAUUUAAGUUCCUACAAAUUUUUGAUUUAUUUUGUAUUAAGUAUAAUCUGGCUUGUUAAAAAAAUUAGCAAUGUGAUAUAAAAAAAAUGUCAUGGAAAGGUCCUGAAAAUGGUGCACCUGGUAUUCAUAGACUUCUGUAUAUGCAUGGUCAAACUCUACAAGUCAGUUUCACCAAAUUCGUAGAGCGUGUUGGCUACAUAGUACUAGCUCUCAGACUGGAGAGUGCAGAUGCACUGUUGGGCUCCUGCUGCAGGUCAUAAUUAGUGUUUCGCAAGACAAUUUGUGCAUGGAAGACUUCUUGUAAUUCCACCAUUUCCCAUUGAACCUCAGUACUUUGUUUACAUGUCAAAUGCUUGCUGCCACUCAUUGGUGUGAAGAGGGGUGGAGAUCACCACUUUCUGCCAUUAGCUUUCAAAUUCUUUCCAUUUUUUUUUUCCAUUCCCUCCCAUCUAUCUUCCUGCUGACACCAAACUUAUUUUUAAAAUCACUUGUUACAUGCAUGUUGCAGUGUGCUCUUUUACCAGAAACAAGUGAAAGAAUAUGUAAAUUUAUUUUCACUGUAGUGAUGAGGGUCAAUCUGUGUCUAGUUUCUUAUUACCAGGUUGCCCCUAUUGAUAUUAAAUUGUAGAACUGCCUUAUCAGUGCAGUGUUAAGUCAAGUUGUUAAUAUUUUCACAGUGUCAAAAGUUUAUCUUUAUUAUGUGUACAAUAGUCUUGAAGUGAUCUUAUCUGCAGAUGACUGCUGUAUUGGAGAGUUGACAAGCAUAUGACAUGUUCUAUGCAAAAUUUUAGAGAGGAAAAUACUAGCGGUGUUGCUGUCUCAGAUUGCAAAAUAAGUGUAGAAAUAGUUAUGGAAUUAAAAUGAUGGCAGUGUUCAGCGAAACUGUCAUAGUACUAAUGUGUAGGGAUGUUCAAAGUUCACUUUUUUAGGUUCAGUGUUCAAGUUAUAUAUUCGUAAAUUUUCAAAGUUUGUGAAGUUGAAAUUCAACUUUUCAAUAGAAUUAUUGUAGUUUUUUUGUUAUUUAAUACUUAUUUUAUGGAGUGAAUGUAAUGAUAUUUUAAUAAGUAUCUGUGUCUGGUAACGUGGGGAAAAUUUUUCUUGCCGUUCUAUGAGUUUCGAUGUUAAUCAAAUGCAUGCAACCUAAUUAUGACAAGUUAGAACUGUUCAUAAUCAUUAAUGGAAAUUGGUUUGGCAUUGUUAACGUUCCAAUUUCAACACAUAAAUAUGUCAGAAUGCAUAGAAUUUAGGGGAGGGGGUAUUGAAAACAAACUUAACCUUAGAUGUAAUUUUUGUACUACACUAUACUUAAGCAUUUUCACUAAGUGUAGUUACAUGCAGUUGUUUGAAAACUGCAUUAUGCUGCAGCUGAAGUUAUACUACAUACCUUGUGUUAAAAUGGAGAUAAAAAAUUCACAGAUAUCCUUUUUUAACUUGGUAAAGAGGAUUUAUUCCUUGGUAAAAGAGGACCUUGCUUGUUCUAGUAAUCAUUUAUAAUUUUUGCAGCUCACGAGGCACAUUCUCAUUUUAUUUAUUAAUUAAUCGCAUAUUAGCUAACCUUUAUGAGAAUUUAAACAACAUUUUCUGAACUAAACUAGUGUUUAAUGAAGCUGCAAGAAUUUAACACAUUAGUUAUUCCUUCGACGGUAUAAAAUUAUUACAAAUUUUGACGUGUCAACAUAGGGUUCAGAUCAGCAAGCUUUCAUUCAACUUUUUCCAAGUUUCAAACAUCUCCUGAUUUGUGGUAAUAGAUACUGCAAACUUUUCUCAAGAGUUCAUGGUAGGCCUUAUUUUAGUUUUAUGUAUUUCUAGUAUAGUUUCUAAUCUUUUAAAAUUAGAACAUAUUCUUAAGUGCAUAAAAAUAUUAAUGUUGUGCUGUUCUUUUCAUUGAAUUUUUAACAUGUUAUGGUUUUAUAUAUCAUCUAUUAUUUAAAUAAGAUGUCUUUGAUUGCAUUUGUAUCUUUGUAAAAAAAAAGUGAAAGUACAAAGUUACAAUGAAAAAUAACUUUUAACUUUCAUUUUAGCUUUUGUACAAUUGAGCAUAAGAUGUUACUAAUUAUUGUGUUCUUCUGUAGUCUUCCCAUAACAAACAUUUUUUUCUGGUAAUAAGUGUAAGUAAAAAAAAAAAUUUAUUUCCCUCAUAUUUUGUCAAUUAGUUUAUUAUUUUUUGAUUGGACGUUUGUGCUAGAAGCUUGGGUGGAAUAUUAAGAAUAACUUUUUGGUUAUAGUGGAUUGAUCUGUGUUAUUUUGGAUUUCUUGAUGAUUGGCUAAGACUCAUUUUAUUUUUGAAUGUCAUUAUUUAAUUCUCAGCUUUGCAGAAGUAGAAUAGCAAUAGUUACAUUCACUGAACCAUUUUGAUUUGUGUUAUCUUUCUUUGACUUGCAAGUUUCUAUCUGGCCGAUGUUUAGGAGAAUUACAAAAAGAGAAUCUAUUUUAGUACUGCUUGAAAUAGUUGACUAUUGAAAGAUUUAAAAACAUGUGGGAGUUCUUUCAAUUGAUCGUGGUCUGCAAAGGUUGACCUAGGGUUGUGCCAGUUUUCAUCAUCUGUAUCGUAAAUACAUUAUGCUGUUGAUUAAGUCAAAUAAAAUAAAUAUUGACCCAAAUCUUUAAUGCUAAAAAAAUUAUUUGGUUCUUAUAAAAUUAUUAUAUGUGAUGUAAACUCCAUUCUUCUUCAAGAAACAGUUUUAAAGCAUCCAGAUAGUUCUGUUCCAAUUUUCAAAUCUUAAAUAAUACCUUUUGUAGGUAAACAUUUAAUAUGGCUUUAAAUCAAAGAUAUUUUAUUUUUGUAAUAUUAUAAAAAGGCGGAGAACUUUCUAAAUUCAAUGGCUGUAAUUUCAUUCUUGUUUCAUUCAAGGAAAUCGGCAUUUCCACAACUCUAAGGAAUUCCAAAACAUGACUUUGUUUGGCUGUGAAACACAUUCCGAAUUCAUGAUAAACUAUCAGUAAUUUACUUUAUUGAAAGUAGUACAUAUGUACAUAAUAGUGAAGUACAAACUCAAAAUGGCAUUCAAAAUUUUUUAACACGGACAUCGUCCCCACCGAAAAUUAGUAGGGAGCAUAAGUAGUAGCUUAUGUUGUAUUUUAAGUAUUGCCUCUAUUUAUAGUCAAGUCACAGUGUUAAUAUGAAAAAUAACUACAUUAAGUUAAAAUAAUACAAUUUAUUAUCUGUUGGGUUUCACAUUUGUUGAUGACAACUCACCCCUAAUAUUGUACUUCACGCACAACUAAAGUUAAAUUUAUGAAUAUUUUUAAUUUUUGGAAAACAUUAAGGUGAAAAAUUGUACCUUAGAAAUAGAGUUAGGUAUAUUUCAGAAAUGUUCAGAUUCCAUUUUAAGUUUUCAUUCAGUUUCGGUCCUUUGAUUUUGAUCUUGAAUCCAUCUGAUUCCAUACUUGUUGAGAUAAUGAUUAUAAAUAUGUGAUAACUCCAAUAACAAAACAUUUUUGCCUUAAGCUGUGAUUUCAAAACCAUUUAAAUCAAGUGAAUUCACUGAUCCAGAUUUGGAAUUGACCCAACACUAAUUAUAAAUAACUGAAACAUUUUUGCAAAGUUGAUAUAUAUUUUUUUUUCAGUAAAAAUUUUAACAUAAUAAACACAUGAACAAUUUGAACUUACAUUAAAACAGUGAGGAUACUAAAAAUACAUUUUUACCUAAAGUCAAUAUUGUGUUAACAGAACUGGCACCAACUGCAAUUCAGAAAGAGAAAAUCAAAGAAAACUGGAAAUUUGAGGGUUUCCAUCACAAUGCGUAGUGUGAACUGUGCAUUAUGCUGUUAUAGCAAUAUUGCAUAGUUUCAUUACAAUGGAACCUAAAUCUGCCCAACUCUAGUAACAAUGUGCAAUAAAUUAAAGCCAUGGAAUGUUAUAGUAGGAUGUAGAGUACAGGUCAUCUGUGAGUGGCUUAUUUGCUGCACAUAUAGGCUGUUAGAAUAAUGUUAUAUGAAGAAAAAAAUUCUGAAAAAAUAGAAGACAAGCAAUAGCAUUUACAUAAAAUAGAUUUCAUAUAUUAUUUUGUAGCACGUAAUUAAUAAAUUGGUUAUUUUGUGUUAGUCUUGACACACCUCAGUAUAUAAUACAAUACAGUUUGAAACAAAUUCUAUUAAAAAUGCAGUUGCCAUGGUUCUUAACAGCUAUGGUAACACUACCAAUGCUACUGCUGCUUGCCUAUAAAGCAGAUCCACACAGUGCAUUUCUUUUUUACUACACUUGCCCCUUUAUCCUCCAUACCAGUAGAGAUGACGUAACUAAUCUCUUCAUUCUCAGAUAAUCACGUAAGGCAUGUUCAUAAAAGCAUUGCCACAUACAUGCUAAGGCAUGCGUAGCUCUGCGUUUACGCGAGGAAAUAGUUCAGUUGCACUGCAUUUUCACAGUUUUCCUUCAUAAGUAAUUUUAAAAUUAUUAUUUUUUGGGUGCUAAAAUAUUGUCAUGUAAAGAUUAUUUGUUUAUUGUGUUAAGAAUAUAAUGAAUUUACACAAUGCUAGCAACUUAAGAUAUCCCAAGAAUUUUUUACACAAUGAAACUUUUCCCAAAAAAUAUUUUUGCUACAAAUAGUGAUUAUUAAUUAGGUAUGAAAAAUAUAAAAUUACUUAUAAAAUAUGUCUGCUUUAAAACAAUCUAAAGUAACAUAAAACAGAGAAAGGAAAUAACAGACUUAGGCAUGGGUUAAGUGUAUUUAAUUCAGGACUACCAAUAGGCUGGCUGCUACCAUAAAGAAAUGCUGGGCAUAUAGUAGGCCAAGUAUUUUUGUAUACAUUAUGCAUAAAAUAUUAAUAGGAUGUACAUGUAAAUAUGGAACGUUUAUUGUUAUAGAAAAUUUAUUUGUAGUGAAACAAACUAUUCAUUUUGUUUGCAUGUUUCUGCACUUUUUAUAAUUUAUUGUUGGAUUGGGUGCAGUGAUAACUUGAUAUUAGUGAAGUUUUUAGGUACCUAGUUAUAAUGGAGGUGUUACGUCUUUUUCUUCUAACGCAGAGAACUUUGGUUUGUUUUGUAGAAUUUCUAUAUAACAUAUGUUUCAACAUUAAAGAAUGAAGAAACUGACAAAUCAAAGGGGAAAAGAUUUUUUCAUCCUUACAACUUUUUUUAAGUUCCAGAGCUGUGGUAAAUGUGUGUGUAUUUGUGUUUCUGGGUGCUUUUACAUUAUUAUUAUUUUUACAGUUGAUGUGGUUUGUUAUAAAAAAAAUUUUAAUUUUUCUCUCUCUCCUGUAUUAAUGGUUCUAAAUUACAGCAACAGUGGUUUAAAUGAAAAAAUAAAUGCUUGUUAACGUAAGUGGCAGCUCUCCAAGCAAGUAAAAAGCAAGCUCGUUAUUAUAAAGUGCUGCUGGUCUGGAGACUGGCGCACUCGUGCACAUAGGAGUACAAAAGAAAUUUUAUAUAAAGUAAUAUGCAUGUUGUAUGUUGUAGAAAGAUUCACUUCUGUCAGUGUUGUAAAUACAUAGUAAUUUCUUUUUAUUUACUAUGGAAUUGUUAUUUUGUGAAAUGAAAAUAGUUAAUUUGUGUUAUGAUUUUUUUAAAUGUAAGUUUGGUGAAAUAAAGUGUUAUAGAGAGCAACUUUAAAAAUUUAUAAAUUUUUUUAAGUUGUGAUGUGUAUAGACUUUCCUGCAAGAAUUGUACAGUUAUUAAAUAAUACAUUUUAAGAUAUACUUUUUAAGUGAGAAAAUACUUUUUUCAUUUGUUUUAUCUUGUACAAAUAUAGUAUAGAAGUGUAUAAUAUAUUUUGACUUGGUUUAUAAUAUAUAGAAAUUGUAAAAGUUGUAUAAAUUUCUGUCCUUUUAUGGCGUUAGAGCACUGAAUAAAAUUAAUUGCAAAUUUACUAUAUGCCUUUUAACUGUUAUUUUCUUUAGAUGCACUUCUUGGUGUUAAUAUAACUUUGUUAUAAUAUUGGUUGGCAAACUAAUAGAAAUGCAUUGAAGACUUAUGAAAUAAUAAUAUUUUUUUUGCCUUGUGUUUGUUUCCUUUCCCACUCACGUUCUUGGUCUCACAGAGCAGUAACAAACUACAGAUGCAGGCAUUCAGCAGAGGAAGGGAGAAACUUAGCCAACUUACAUACAACGUGGGACAGUAAAAAGCACUCUAGUAAAACCAUGAAAGGGCUGCAGCAAUCAGGUUUUUCACCAGGGUUUUGCCACCAGAAACACAUUAUAGAAAAAAAAAUUAAAUUAAAUUAAGUAGACCUAGAAUGUUGAUUCAAUAACACCAGAUAAUAUUUUGAUCAAAAAAUAGACCAUUCAUUUGCUGAAGUUGGUACCCUGAAAUUAGACUACCUACCUAGGAACAUCAAUAUGUUACAUAACAGGAGGUCUACAUUCUGGGAAUCAAGCCAAAGUCAAUAAGGUUGUGAUUGGUCACAAAAUUUGUUUAAAAUUUUAGUAAACUUAAGUUAAUUCUUCAGUGACAGUAAUUUGAACCUGAAAAGUUAUGCUAACUGUGGAAGCUUUGUUUACGUGUAAACAGCUUUCUAUAUACAGCAUUUGAUUUUAGUAGUAUCGAGAGUGAAACGAAAAUGUGCAAAGAUGCGCCUGCACGAGUGUCAGAAGCCUUGAAAAGAUGGUGGACGCACAUAAUUUGCACGCGCGUGUUUCUUAGGAAAAACAAUUUUUAUAAUAGUAAGAACCACUGCUAAACUUAUUUUUAUAUUAUAAAAUAAUGUGCUGUCAUAUCUUCGUCUCAUGUAACAAAUGGAAACUUUGCACAUGUAUUGUACAAAUCACAAAGCUAUCACCAGAAAAAUUACAGACACUUGUGAAAUUUAAAUUCAACACUAGUUAUAAAUGCUGUUAAAAAUAUAACUUAUUAAAUAAGUAUUCAAUGUGAUCAAACACAUUUGAUCUUUUUUUCUUAAGUUUUGACGAACGUACACAUCUGUACCGUAUUUAUAGGUUAUGUUUGAUCACAAACUUCACAAGAGAAGCAAUGAAUAGAGGUGGGUCGAAAAGUAUCAACCUUAUACUUUGGCACUGAUACGCGCCUGUAUCAGGAACGGCAAACGAGUACACUUGAAAAGUAUCAAGUACUUUAGUAUCAGAUCAGAAAUCGCCUGGAACAACACCACGGCCAAUGUGCGCAGAACCCGAUCGCAGAUGACGGUCACUUGGGCGGAGCUUGUGAAAGGGGAGGAAGCGCAGGGGAAGGCGUUGAAGGAGAGGCGCAAAGCGAAAUUGUUACGAGUCGUUUGGUUAUUGUCCCACAUCAAAGUACGCUCAGUGCGCAGUGCGUGCACAGUCUCGUUCAAUAAUAAAACUAA